AUGUUUGAUAUUCUUCCUUACAAGGUUAAGUAUCAGCAUGAUGAGCAUAUGCUCACCUUCUCUUAUGAGGAAAAUGCAAGUGGUCCUUGUUGGUGCCAAAUUUGUGAGGAGACAACAGAUCCGAAGAAAGGAUACUACACAUGCGAUGAGUACAGAGUCACAUUGCAUCCGAAGCUGAAGGAAGGACAACCAUAUAUGUACUACGGACGCAUGAUUGAGAUCAUCCCUAACAACCGUCUCAGCCGACCCAUCUGCCAUGGCUGUGGAAAACGCUGUCAAUACAAUGUAGUAUUCAAAAAUUAUCUUGGAAAUAUAUUAUGUCCGUCCAUGGAAGUACUAUAUAGGUAA